CACCACGCAACAACCCCGCUGUGACUGCAGCCAUCAUCCAUCGCUUUAAGAACUGGCUUCCGCAUCCGGUAAAAAUCGCGUAAAAGAAACGAGACAAAAUUUUGUGGGGAGAAAAUAACGAGAAAAAUUGCACAUUUUCACUAACUGAACAGUUUUUCGUUGAUAAAUUUUUACCAAUUUUACCGAGUUACCAACUGUGUUGAUAAACAAAAAUAAUACCACAUCCGAUAAGUUUCUUAUCCAAUUAAGACAAAAAUUUGUAAAGGAGAGAAAUUGCACAUUUCUCAUUUAUGCACAUGGACAAAUUUUAGUUAACCAGUUUUUAACAGUUCACCAAUUUUUACCGAUUUACCAAUUUGUCUCUGUCGGUAAUCAUAAUACCGCAUUUGACAAAUUUCUCUCCCCAUUUAUAUAAUACGAACGAUGUAAAGUGUGCUCGAAAAACGAGAAAUGUUGCACAAAUUUAUAAGUUUUAACUCGGAAAUGGUUCGCCAAAAAACUCGAGAAAAUCCUAACUGCCAAUUUUUAUACGUACCGAAAACAUGUUACGUUUGACUCAAUUUGCCUCGUACUUGGUUAAAUGAUAAAUUACGUCGAUAUUUCAUUUUACCAAACUAAUAAAAGGUGGUGAUCUGUGCUUUUAGUGGGGUAGAAUUUAUUUACAAUUAAUAGUUACAUAGUUACAUUUACUAUUGUUGGUGGGAGUGACGAUGUGUAAGAAGAUGGGGGGUGCCAAAUGUUGCAGAUUUUUUGCACAAGGAUAACAAGAAACAUGGGAGGAAAAGUAUUACUGCCACGAGCCCCACUCGUCCUCCUCGUCUUGGUCUUCGGAUCAUUUGGGGGUGUGGAUGCUGCGAGUGGUCCAGUUUCCUUCUUUGGGAGUUCGCAUGUUUCGGUGAAGAUUGUGGAGGCCAAGUCGUCCUCGGAUAUCUAUUUUCGUCUGCGGACGGCCAGAUUGGACUCGAUGCUGUUUCUCGCGGCGGGAAGGACGGACUACUGUCUGCUCGUGUUGGACGCGGGAAGGUUGAAGGUGCAUAUUAAUUUGGGCGCGGGGGAGACGGAGAUUGGGUCAGAGGCCCCCUUCCUGCUGAACGAUAUGGCCUGGCAUACCAUUAAUGUGACGAGGAGGGGGUCAGCCUUGACGAUGCAGGUGGAUCAACAUGUUACAAGGGGAAACCUGCCCUCCCGCUUUCACGAGUUGAACAUCCACUUCGGCGUCUGGCUCGGCGGACUGGCCACCUUCAACGAAAUCUUUCUCGGCAACCUCCCCUCCUUCCGGGGCUGCAUGGCGGACGUGACAUACAACGGGGAAGAUCUCCUCGCCAAAUCCAUCUCCCAUCCCGCCCUCGCCCAAUCGGCGGGUAUCACGUGGAACUGCUCCGACGAAUUCGACGCUACAGCCGGCGAUCCAUUUUCCCUCACUUCAACAAACUCCUAUCUCAUCACGCGGCUCGCGCUGCCCCGUGGCGGGACGACUUUCUCCCUCUCACUUUCCCCCAGCCCGGACCUCGUUGAUGGCCUGAUCCUCUACGCUUCCGGCCUCUCCUCCCGCCCAGACUAUCUUGGGCUAGAAGUGAGACGGGGUAAUGUGCGACUUGUCGCGGAAAUGGGCGGGGGUCCGCUCCAGAUCGUUUCAACCACGAAUAUCUCCCUCAUAUCGACUCCCUGGGUCCGGAUUACCGUCCAGGUGUCGCCCUAUUCCAUCACGCUGCGGGUUGGGAAUGAAAACGUUGAAUCUCUGGCGGCCGAGGGGGGUGCGAGGGGAGCCAGUUCAAGACAUUUGGACGUAUCUGAGCUCCUCUAUAUAGGGGUGGAGGAAAGUAGAAAGGUAAAACUGAGGGGACAAGGACUUAUCGACACAAGUUUCAGGGGCUGUAUCAAAGAGCUUAUCAUCGACUCGAAAGGCGUCGGUCUCCCCCAGGCCGAUGUGACCUCAAAUAUCUCAACAAGCUGUGGCGGUGCGUCCGCGAAGAAGACACAACCACCCACACAGGCGCCCGACACCGUCACCAUUUCCCGGUCUCUAUUCCGCCUCACCACACGGACUGAGGUCGGCGAGCUUGAAAUAAUGCGCGUCAUCCCGCUCCAAGUCGCCGAGGGUGAUUCGACCCUCAUAACCCCGCGCCACUUGGCCGUGACGCUGGACUUAGCAAAAUUUGGGAUUCGCGAGAGCGGUGUCCUCUUUCGGAUUCGCAACGGCCCUGAAGAGGGUAGAAUUGAGGUGACGAAAGGGGGUGGUGGUGGUGGGGGAAAGGACGCCUUUUCCCUCCUAGAUCUUGGUGCGGGUCGUGUCCGCUACUGGCAUAAUGGACAAGAAAGCAGUCGCGACGGGGUGGAGCUGGUUCUUCAACUCUUGCCAAAUGCGGGAUUCUUACUCCCAGCUUACUUACAGGACGAACGCCUGGUCAGUCUUCCCAUCGAAGUCACGGCUGUCAACGAUCCACCAGAAAUAAGACUUGUGCCGGGCGGUGUGUUACGUUUGGCGGAGGGGACAAAAGUUCGACUGAGCGCGGACGUAGUGAGUUCGCUAGAUCCUGACACACCUCCGGAAGAACUGACUUUCACUCUCAUCUCAACCGGAGCCGAGCGUGGAGGACAUCUCGAGCUUGACAGUGCUGUGGGGAAAGCAAUCCGCAACUUUACACAGGGCGAUCUUCUCUCAAAUCGUGUUUGGUAUCAAGAUGGUGGCGGCUCAUCUUCAAAAUUAGCGCUUCGUGUCACCGACGGAUCCUCAACCUCAGGAACUGCUGUCCUACGCGUGGAAACAUUUCCACUAAGAAUCGCUCCCGAAAUAAAUACGGGACUUGAUGUUGCCUCCGUUUCUGGAACGGCGGUUCCCAUUUCUGCAGCCAAUUUAAGCUUCACCUCAAACGCGGGAGAUCAAGGAUUGGUUUUGGAGUAUCACGUGGUAUCUGCACCAAAAGCGGGAGCCCUUCAGCUAAGGAGGAGUAACGGACAGUGGAGUGGAACCGACACUUUCACCCAGGCUCAUUUAAUGGCGGGCCGGCUACGGUUUCUCUUGCAGCGGGCAAGCGAUCGCGGAUCCGAGGACGAAUUCAGUUUUCACGUCGCCCUCGCCGAGACCAAGAUGCCGACCGAGUUUCGUUUUCGAUUUCGCAUCCUCCCCCUCAAACUGAUCCCUUCAUCCCUUGUGGAAAUCAUCACUUUGAACGAGACGAGUUCAGCCCCAGUUCGACUACAAUUUACCACGACGCCUCUUUCCUUACCCAACACCGCGAUAAGUUACACCCUCGUGACACCCCCGACUUUAGGAUACAUCACACCCCCUCCGGGUUCCCCCGUUUCCGGGAGACCAAUCCAGUUCUGGACGCAGGCAGAUGGACUUGAAGGUCGUGUCGUGUAUUCGUUCAAGUGGACGCCGUAUUCCGCGCUGAACGAUGCUUUCACUUACAACGUGACAGCGACUCAUUUGGACUCCAGCGUGACGGAGGGACCGUUCAAGUGUGAAAUUGCCCACAUUACGCGGAGAAAGCCGGCCGGGUUGAGCAUCAAGCCGCUAAUUGUGCAAGAAGGUGGACGUGAAAGCUUGUCGUCGAAAAUUCUCCGAAUUCGGAUCGCCUCCGAGUCUGAAACGCUGUACUUCAACUUGACCACGUCUCCUUUGCAUGGACGGCUCGAACGGGCCCCAUUGCCUGGCACACCCACCACGACACCCACCCUGCUCACGGCAUUAUCAACCUUCACCUCAUCUGAUCUCGACCGGGGUCGUCUCUUCUAUACGCAUGAUGGAUCGGAAUCUCCCCGUGAUAAGGUCUCCCUCGUGGCAUGGUCAGCUACACCCCCGGCACUGCUAGCACUCUCGUUGGACAUUAUUGUAAAAGGUGUCAACAACCAUCCACCCGCCCUCUCUCCUACCGCCUCCCACCUGCUUCACAUCACUUCCGGUGGGUCACGCGUCCUCACCCCCGCCGUGCUCGACUACCUCGACGGCGACUGGGACGGGGAACGUGCCGGGCUUCAAUACACCUCAAAAGGAGCCACACCACCGGGAAUCGGACAACUUUACUCGGUCUCCUCCCGAGCCCCGGUUUUCUCCUGGACGCAAGCCGACAUCGAUGGGGGGCGCUUAAUUUGGCGGCAAGACGGCGUGUCCGUAACCCAAGGGCGAUUAUCUUACUGGGUCACGGAUGGCAAGUUUGUCAUCAACGAAAGUCUCGAAAUCCGAUCAGGCCCACCAUGGGUGAAACUUGGCAAGAGUUCGACCCUUAUCGCGCGACGUGGUGCGAACACCCCGCUGACCCCGGAUUCUAUCCGGAUCGAGACCAAUGUGGAUAUCGAAAUGAGCGAAAUCGAGGUCAGAGUCGCGGACGGACCGAGCAAUGGACAACUUUUGGUUGGAGGUUCACCCCGGUCGGAAUUUUCUCUGGGAGAAAUGUCAACGGGAGAUGUCGUAUAUGUCACGACAGGUGGGGCCGACGGGGGUGGGGGCGAUAUGCACAUGGGACGGGACACUUUUCACUUCCAAGUGGAUGUCGGUGGUGCUGAGGCGAAUGGACAGGUGGACGUUGCCAUUUAUCCGCAAGUCUACUGGGCCCCGCUUGUUGUGGGAGCAAAUCGUAGUGUAACUGUUGGCGAAAACAGCUCAGCCAUUAUUUCGCAAAACUUUCUCCACAUAACGAAUCCACACAUUCCUCCGGCUGACAUUGUCUACACGCUGGUUCGACAACCGGUCCAUGGUUAUCUCGCCAUUGAUCCGUCCCCUUCACAUGAAGACUCUGAAGAUCUUUCACCAGUCGUGAUGUGGGACCAAACCACGCUUAAUGAAGGCCGGCUCCGAUACGUGCACUCCACCCCGAACACUUUCACAGAUUCGAUGACUUUCACCGUGACGAAUGGCGUCUCCUCUCUGCCCGCGUUGACACUGGCUUUCACCGUCAUCCCGGGGACGCUAUGGUUAACCUCUGCUAAACCAAUUUCACUCCUCGAAGGUUCAUCCGUGCUCCUGAACGCGACCCAUAUUCAAGCCAGGGCGCCCUUCUUUAGGGGAAAGCUAGUCGAAUUGAGAAUUCUGGAAUUACCCGGGCAUGGCAAAUUGGGACUCCUCCCACGCCCUGAGCUACCCCUGCCGACGAGUCCGCUUCCUUAUUCAACCCUCGCGGAAGGGACGGCCCUUCAGUACACGCACGAUGGUUCAGAAACGCAAGAAGACGCUUUCACCGUGAGUGCGGUGGCCGUCGUGGGUGGGACAAGAUACGUCAGUCCGCCAUACAAAGUGGGAAUUUCUAUCAUGUCGACGAACGAUCAGGUUCCAGUCGUGGUGAAUAACACGGGCGGCUGGGUGUGGCAGGGUGACGCGAUGAAAUUGACUAAUGCUGAGUUGGCCGCCACCGAUGCCGACACGAAAGAAGGUCAACUCAUGUUCUACGUGGUCGGGAGUCGGGGCGGGUUUCCCGCCUUGACCUCUCGACCUGACGACCCCAUCACAAACUUCACACAGGCACAGCUGAACGCCUCCCUGAUCCUCUUCACCCACAAAGGGGUUGACCUCAAACAAGCCGCAUUCGAUUUUGAAGUGUCGGACGGACUUAAUGAAGCGGGAAAGGAGACUUUCAAAGUUGUCGUGAGGAAACCAAAUCUGACCAUGGUCGAUGGUCAAGCUCCACUGCCGGUCUUCCCCUUUACAAGGGCUCCACUUACGGGGAAAAAUGUGCAUGUGACGUCGUCUGACGGGAAGGAGGUUCAUUUCCAAGUCAGCUCACUCCCCAAUUUUGGCUCCAUCAUGCUAGACAUGGGUCACGGUCACUAUGCUGAAGUUUCGGUAUUUUCGCAAGCCAACAUUUCCUCGGGAUCCGUGCUGUACGAACACAGCAAGAGUGGCGGAGACAAGGACAGGAUUCGACUUAUUGCCUCCUCCAAAUAUGCCGACCCCCUUCCCAACAUUUGGCUGGACGUGGACAUUUCCGUGAGCGGGGCUGCCGUCGGAGGGCUUGACCGGUACGUGGGUGUGGUCGGUGUGGAGGUCAAAGAAGGCGGAGCGGUUCCUAUAACGGAGCGAAAUCUAAACCUUUCCGCUGUUGAGGAAUUCAUCGCGGCGCAACAUUCCGGUAACGUUUGGGCUGGUGGGCUGCCCUCAUUGCGCCUUCAAGUCACCGAAGUUCCUCGACACGGGUGGUUAGUUGAGUCUGAGGAGACCCGCCUACGACCUGGGGCCCCCCUUCUGCCCCCACUUCUGGCUACGUCUGGAUACCUGUCGUACCUCCAUGACGACUCGGAAUCCACCUCGGAUGCAGUCACAUUCUCACUUUGGCUCGUCAUGUCGAAUUCGACAAGUUUGACGACAUCGCCGUCAUCCACAUUCCUUCUUAACGUAACAUUGCCCAUCGUCGUCACGCCGAUUAAUGACCAACCACCGGCCCUCGUGCCAAGCAAGGCGGUCCCCUUACCCGUCGUUCAGGCCCAUUGGAGAAAGUUGACUCGAGCGGACCUCCUCGUCUCUGACCCGGACACACCCUCGUCCCAAUUGACCUACAAGAUUGUGCGUUUGUCUCAUGGAAAAGUGACAAUUUUACCACCCGGGCCAAAUACGUUGUCACCAUCGAUCCCACCCCCGGAUUCAGAAUUGCUCAACAAUCUGCCAAACGCGGAACGUUUUACACAAGCUGAUAUUGACGCCGGUUGCGUAAUCUUGCUACAUUCUGGUCCCCUAUCACCUGUCCUUCUCUCGGUUGAAGUGACCGAUGGUGAGCACGGGCCUUUGGUCGCCUUCCUUUCCAUCCCCGUCCAACCCUUGACCGUCACACCGCUCAGUCCGCCAAGUCUGCGCGUCCUGCAGGGCGCUCUAACCGCAGCCAUGGCGCCGACCCACUUUCCCCUUCACACCAACGGUCUGGUCGACGGGUUGGUGUACAAUGUCACGAGGCCACCGCUGCAUGGAAAGGUGCUCCUCGUCGGGGCGGCACGACCAGUCCUGACCUUUACGCAUCAUCAACUCGCAACGGGCGACCUGAGCUACCACGUUACCGACAUUUCCGUUACGAACGAUUCCUUCGAAAUUGCCGCCUACUUUCCCACCUCAUUCGACAGCCCACCCAUACUUUCUUCCCGAUCACGUCCAUCUACCGCUCACUUCCUCCUUCCCGUCGUGGCUGUCCCGCUGAUUAAACGAGUCCUGGAAGUUCGCUCGUUCGUGCAUGGAUUCGCCGUUGGCGGGCUUAUAGCUCCCGACACUUUCUCAGUUUCCCCCGAUCAUUCAACCACCCUCUCACUCGCGCUGCUGGACGCUUCCCCGCUCGCCGGGGUAACGGGAUCAAACCCGGUUUAUGAAUUACUUCUCCCGCCGAAACAUGGUCGCCUGGUAAAAAUUCAAGAACCGCGAAAUUCCGCCGGUGGUGGUGGCGGCGGUAGUCGUCCCGCCGGUCGGUGGAGCCAUGACGACGUGCGACGCGGUCUCCUACUCUACAUCCCCCAUGGCGGGGGAAAUAUAGCUUCAAAUGAAAUUUUCCCGCGCAUCUCUGGCGGGGCAGAAUGGGAUGAAUUUCUCUUUAAACUGAUCGCACCUGGGGUUCAGCCGGCCCUUGGGAUAGCCAAGUUUCCGCUGAGAACGCCCUUUUUCGUGGAUCCGGAUAAGGGGCAUACCGAGAUUAUUUCGGACGGUUCGACCGAUCCCGCCACAAAAAGGAGUGGCAGCGGGGGCAGGAUGCGAGACAUCACAUAUCUCGUCACGCCCCAUCUCACGAGGGACUCGCUGGUCCUAAUCGGCCUCAUAAUCGCGGGAGUUAUGAGUCUCAGCCUCGUCGUCGUGUUAGGAAUUAGGUGCACUUGCUCAAAGAAGAAUAAGCCACGUGGUCAAAACGGGGCGGGAAGACAGAAUGGCGGUAAUAGUGGAUCCGCAGUAAAUGGAAGUAGCGGAAAAAACGGUGGGGGAGGAAUAAUUGACGCUUUUGCACAUCCCGAUCCCAGCAUGGAUUGUGAUGAGAGUGCCGGCUUGAGCAUUGAAAGGGUGUCAAGUGAGCCUCUAAUGAUGUCCACGCUCUCCCCGCGUAACAAGGUCUCCUUAUCUCGCGGGGGUGGUGGUCCAGGGUCCGACACUGGGUCGUGGACGUCCUCCAACCUUCGAAACGAUACCCCCACCCCAUCCCUCCCGCAGUGCAGGGUGACCCCCCUCUGCGCAACCGCACACGACAACCACUCCCACCACCAGCACCCCACCCCAAUUUGUGAUACUUUCGGCAUCCUCGAGAUCGAGCCGCACCCCGAGCAGUACGGUUUUUCCUAUGGCAACCUGCCACCCCCACUCGACCUCCCGCAGGAAAUGGCCUUCUCCACCCUCCACCCCUCCAACUGCUCGACCAUGACGCGGUCCACCAACACGCCCAGCCUCCUUCCCCCCACGGCUGGGGGCACGCUGAGAAAACAUCACCCACCUAAAAAUCAGUAUUGGGUUUAACUCAAGAAAUAAAUAUUUAAAAAUGAAAUUAUGUAGCUCGCUGGGAAUAGUUUGGGGGCAGAAUUGGUAUAUUUUUUGGUAGAGAGGGGUAGGAAAUAAUUGGGCGCGAAAUUCAAAUUUGUUGCCACAUGCCAAAAAUAAUCCAGUUUAUAAACGGUUCACCCAUUGUAUACUGCAACGAUUUUUCGCUAGAUGGCGCUUAUUUUUUGCAUUUUUUUAAUCCCUGCAAGAAAUUAUUGAUGCAAAAACACAAUUUCCAGUAGUAAUUUUUUUCACAGCUAAAACCUGCGAAUAUUUGAAAUUCGUACCCAAUUCUUGUUACCGCUUGAAACCCGAAUCUACACCAAGUUUGUUACCACAUUAUUCCCAGCGUGGAAGGCAAUCAUCACCUCAAUCAAAAAAACAAGGGUUCUAUACAUAAAUAUUUAAGAAAUUAAUUAAUUAAAUUUUAAUGUUUCACAUUUCCAUAUGUAACAAUUUUAAUUAAUUAGAUAAAUUUACAUAUUACAUAUUCACGUGUGGAAAAGAAGCGAAACUGGGUAUCUUGUUAUGAUAAGUACGUAUUUAUGAAGAUGAAGGUCUGCUCACGUUAUACAUAAAGUAAGGAUUUGUUAUCAAACUUUGUCACAUUUCUACCUCUUUUUUGUCUACAUAAUUACGUAAUUGUUCUCUCGACACGUUUUACUGAUAAAUACAUACAUAUUGUUAACUAGUUGUGCAAAUAUAUUGAAAAUAUUUACGGAAAUAAUAAAAAGUUCUUGUUAUCAAUGAA